AAUCGGCCAGUCAAUCUCCAGUGACAGCUCACACUUCACCUCGACCACCUGAAAACCCGCUGCCCAUCCUCGACUCUCCAACCAUGUCUCUGGCCGGCACCUACGAGUAUGCUUCCCAUGAGAACUACAGCGAGUGGCUCUCCGCCGUCGGUGUCCCCGCCGACAGCGUAGCCAAGAUGGUGGCCGCCAAGCCCGUGCUGGAAGUGGCCCAGAACGGCAAUGCUGUCACCAUCAAGACCGUUGCUGGCGACAAGAGCUUCACCAACACCAUCAAGCUCGGCGAAGUGUCCAAGGCUAGCCUUCCCGGCGGUAUCGAGUACACGGUGAACCUCUCUCAGUCUGGCAACACCCUGAAGGGAACCUGGUCCAUGGGAGGCAAGUCAGGUGACGCUUCCGUCGAGGUCACUGGCAGCAGCCUCGUCCAGACCAUGAGCCUCGGAGGCGUCAAGGCCAAGAGAGUGUACAACCGCAAGUAGAUGAGCUGCACUCGCUCUUUCCUCUUCACACACACACCCACGCGCACGCAGUAGUGUCCAAGAGGCUGUUACGCUGUGCUUCCCUACUGUAGGGGAUCUCGCCGUAACAGCAACUCACUCCUCCCUGCUGUGUGCCCUCAUCUGACUAUACUCUUCUGUUUUGUUUUCUAUGGCUAAGCCCAUUCUCUGUCAUCUACAAUACUCUGCUGGAAUAAAAUGAAAUAUUUCCUGUA